ACAUUGCGGUCAUUAUUGGAAGGCCUUGUCCCACCGUUUAUCACAACCACCAACAGGCCGGCAAACCAAGCAUACAAAUGCCCACUUUUCUCCCCAUGGGCAUCUAGGAUUGCUUCCCCGGUCCCGACUCCACCGCGGUGCGACGUUCAAACAUCAUGGCUCCUGUCGACCCCUUUCAAUACCUGGAGAAGCGAUUCCCAUCGUCGACACGGACUGAUCCACCUACGCGAGACAGUCUCACGAAAGAAGGCGGGUUCCUGGAAGCAUGGGCCCAAGGAUACAAUGUCGGCAGUCUAAUCAUACUUAUCCUAAUCGUAUUUUGCAAUUACCGGUCGGGUAUCUGGCUCCACAAGCUGAUCUUGCUUGAACUCAUCCUAGCCCUCUGGCACGGCACCUUCAUCUUCGUCUCCGACCCUACCUACGGCUGGUACCUCUCCACGACCGCGACCCUCCUCUUCAUCUCCUACCAACUCCACAACGUCGUCUCGUGGCUCAAGAUCCGUCCCUUCUUGCCGAAAUGGGGCUCGCGCUUCUUCAUCCUAUCGCUCCUCGCCGUCCAACCUUUCUGGAUCGCCGAAGCCUGGAGUAAUUUCGAGUACUUCAACAGCCUGGGCACUGACGUCAACGAGCGCAUGCGCCCCUGGGAAGCGCUGGUGCGCGAUCCGUGGUGGAUCUUCACGACAUGGAAGUUAAUUGAUGCGAUAAAGAAGACAUAUGGAUUCAAGCUAUGGGCGCUGAUCAAUAUCAACCGUCGCUUUGGCGUUAUGCUGGCUUGCAUGUUCAUCUCCAUCGGCUUCCUGCUGACAGACGUCGGCGUGAGCGCCGCGCGAGUAACGGCGGACUCGGGCAUCAACCCCUACUGGCGCUUCGCCCUCGUCUUCAAAUGCGCCUCCGACACCAUCUUCCUCGACGACUUCAAAUCCGUCCUCGACGACAUUAUCGCGUGUAAGUUCAGCUCAGCAGGCGGCACCGUCCAUCGAGGCUCCGUCACCGGCGCCGGUGCCGGCGUCGGUCACGGCGUACGCAAACGCUCGCACUCCUCCAUGCGCGGCGACCCCGAGCUCAUCGAGUGCGAGCCUAUCCCCAGUCCCAUAACCGACAUCUCCUCGCCGCCACCAACAGCAAAGACCAAGAGCAAGUACCUCAACCCAUUCAGCUCGCGCGAUCGCACCGUGGCACCGGUACCUAAGAUCCACGUCCAGCAGGAAACAACUGUCACGAGCGAGCUGCGGAAACCGAGCCAAGAGAGCUGGGCCAGCGAGGCGGGGAUACUGUCCAAGCCGGAAUCCGCCAUUUACGGACACAAGAAAGAUAAUUCGAGUUCGGGAUCGUUGUCGAUUUGUGUAGGUGGGCCAGAUGUGUGAGGUUAUGAAGAGUUGGAUACGAUGUUACGAGACUACGAUGCACGCUCGAGGGGAGAGCACGACGAGAGCUAGGAGGGGGUGCGCAUUGUCCCAUGAAGGACGGAUCUCAUCCUUAAAAAUGCGACACACCCAGCGAAGAGGAAACGAGCGGUCUCUCCGUCCCGGACUCCUAUUUACUCAGGCCUCAUCGCUCACUUGCGCAGAACCCUUUGUAAGGCCCUGUUAGAAGGCUUAAGGGCGUAUGGAAAUGCAGAAA